CUUCCCCCAAUAUGAACUCCCAUACAAACUUUGUAAUUCCUUCUAGAAAUAUUUCUUGCCUCGCAACAAAUUAAUGGUCUUUUAAAGAUUUCUCGGCACAAACCAAUGUUCUUUCGUUUCGAAGGAAAUUCGCGCUAUCAGAUAAUGCCAUCAAUCGCAAUGGUCUGUGUUUGAGAAUCCUCAACUUUACAGCUGCUCUGUUCUUCUAUAUUAUCCGGAAAACAAAAAAAACAAUCAUGGCCGCCCACGAUGCAUUUUACCCACUUCCCGACUCUCUUCUUUCUUUCAUACUAACAAAAAUGCCAAUAAAAGAUGCCGUCAAAUCUUCCGUUCUUUCCAAGAGAUGGAGAUUUCUCUACACUCAGAUGUCUGAUCUCACUUUCUCUCCGACUCUUGUUUUGGGGCCUGAUAGCCCUUCUCUCAAUUCUCUCCUCGUGUCAAGACUUGAGAAUAUAAUUUCCAACAUCUUGCUUCUGCAUUCACACAAUCUGGAGGCCUUUCAUCUCCACAACAACGGGUUCGAUCAUAAUCAACGGCGCUUCUCUCGUGAAAAUGUAUGCAAAUGGGUAAGACAUGCAUCUCGGUGUAAUAUUCAACACCUCACUCUAUCUGACCACCAUGUGCCGGCUCUUUUCUGUGAGUGCUGCCGUGCUUUAAAAGAAACGCCACCCCCUGCUCUUUUUUCAUGUUCGCGUCUCGUAACACUGUAUCUGUACGACUACUCCCUCACCAGUAUCCCAGAUAAUUUUGACGGAUUCCCCUGUUUGAUUACUUGUCGCCUCAAGAAUGUUCGAUUGACUGAUGAGUCUUUAGUCUCCUUCAUUUCGCUCUGCCCCCUUCUGCAAAAACUGGAAAUAACAGCAGAUGAUUUGCUAGGUAAUGUAGUAAUCUUUUCAUCCACCAUUGAACAUUUGCAUAUGCAACACGCAAGAUCUCUCUCUGUUAACUGCCCCAAACUUAAAAUUAUGUCGGGGUUAAUGUGUGGGGAUUUGAUUGUAAAUGGUGUAAGGUUCUAUGAGUUUUCUUCUGUCAUCUGGCAUCUUGAAAUGGACCAUGGAAGUACUCUGAGGGAAUUGUCGAUGGACUUCAGCGUGGCAAAAUUUUCAACAAGUAGAUUUCUUCACAUAGUAGGCAACUGCCAAACCUUGAAGGAACUGGUUAUAUACCUGGGUGAUAUCAGGGAAAUAAAGAUGGAUGCUCCUCUGCUAAACCUGUUUCACAUGCUUCCAAAUCUUCAGCGUCUGCAUAUAAUGGGCUCCUUUUUACUGGAGUGUGCAAGAGAUCCUAUACCUGAUUGCCUCGCCUUUCCACAUGUUAACCUUAAGAAAAUACGUGUAGAAGUACUUGAGUUUGACUCCAAAGAGAUUGCAGCAAUCAGUUGCUUGCUCCAGAGUAUGCCCUCUCUUGAAACAAUGGAAAUUCGGCUACCUGACGAAGAUGAUGAAGGUCGAUGUAUGAACUUCUUUAAAGAUAUUUUGUACUUGAGGAGAGCAUCUUUACUAGCAAGGAUUAUUGUACUAGAAUGCACACCGAAUGAUUACGAGGAUAUUCCACAUUGGGAGGACUGAGCCCUUCGUGGAAUAGAGAAGAAUGAAGAUGCUAAUAUCUCACGACUUUAUUGGAUCUGCUAAAUAGUGAAGUUUUUUAUUGCUAAAGAAGAGGGAAUCAGCGCUAUUGACAUUCCCCAUGUAUGGCUGUUCAUUCACAUCUGAAGUGCAUCAGCAAAGGCAAAUUUAGAGGUUGCAGAAAUUGUAGCCAUGUGUGUCCAACCAGAAGUAGAUUAUUGUUCAGCAGAAAGAGAGCACAAGGGGAAGAAAUGAAAUAAAUUGAAUUAAUGCCCUUUGAAGUUUUAGUCUGAAUGCAUGGUCUUUCAAUUCAGCCAUACUUUUGAGGCCAUCCUUCCAUUAAUCAAGUGUAACAUAGCCUGAACUUGGCAUUGAUGUUUUAUCUCUAUAACAGUAUAUAUUUGUUUGUGAAUCAGCAUGGCAGUAUAGUAGUUAACCAAAUUUGGAAGAUCAAUCUGUUAAAUAUUAUAGAAGCUCAUCAUUUUGUCUCGUAUACCAAAAUUUAUGCAGCUAAAUGAUGAUGAUAGUACAAUAAGCCAGUCAUUCAGCAUUUAAUGAUAUUUUUUAUAUAAAUCCACCAAGGAUUAUGGAGAGCUUAGCUGCCAGUUGCUGUCACAAAAAUUUAUAUCUCUGUUGUCAAUUUGUUUAGUAUAACAAACUCCACGUAGCUGCAAGAACAAUCAAUUUCUGUUUCACAACUCGCAAAGACAAUUCCAUCGCUAAUAAAUCUGUCCUAACAAAUU